GCUUUGAAAAACCUGCUUGGAAGAGGAUUUAUCUGUUCGCUUUAUUUUCAGAUCUAUCAGGACCCGCGGAAAGACGAGUGUUUGAGUAAUAUCAGAGAGUUUGUGAAAGGCUGUGCAUUAUAUCACAUAGAGGUAUUUGAGGCCAAUGACUUGUUUCAGGGCCAGAACUUCUCCAAAGUCUUGAAUUGUUUGGUUGCACUCAACAAAGCAACUUCAGAGUCCGGUGGUGAGAGUAAUUCAGUGUGUUCUCGUCACUCGUCUUCUCUGCGGAUCAAGUCCUUUGACUCGAUCAACUGUUCUUCCACUCACAGGAGAUCAUCCAGACUCAAGUACAACCAGUACCGCAGUCUGGACAUGUCUGAAAACAAUGCCCCUCAGGUGCUGGUGAAAGCGCGGUUUAACUUUCAGCAGACCAAUGAGGAUGAGUUGUCCUUCGAUAAGGGUGACAUCAUCCAGGUGACACGGCAGGAAGAGGGCGGCUGGUGGGAGGGGUCUCUCAAUGGCAAAACCGGCUGGUUUCCUAGCAACUAUGUCAAAGAGAUCAAAGGCUCUGACAAACCUGUGUCACCCAAGUCUGGAACGCUGAAGAGUCCACCCAAGGCCUUUGAGACCACUAACUUCUGCAAGACUUACUAUAAUGUGGUGGUUCAGAAUAUUGUACAAACAGAGACAGAAUACUGUAAAGAGCUGCAGACUCUCCUCUCAACGUAUCUGAGAGCAUUACAGCCCACAGACAGGCUCAGCAUGUCAGAUAUCAGUCACAUCAUGGGAAAUCUAGAGGAGAUCAGCUCAUUUCAGCAGACACUGGUGCAUUCACUGGAGGAAAGCGUCAAAGUUCCAGAGAGUCAGCAGAGAAUAGGAGGCUUCUUCCUGUCCCUCAUUCCUCAGAUGAGGAGUCUGUAUGUGACCUACUGCUCCAACCAUCCAUCUGCGGUUAAUGUUCUCACACAACACAGUGAGGAAUUUGGAGAGUUUAUGGAAAGUAAAGGUGCGAACAGCCCUGGAAUCCUCACACUCACCACGGGCCUCAGCAAACCCUUCCUGAGACUGGAGAAAUACCCCACACUACUGAAAGAGAUGGAACGGCACAUGGAGGCACUUCAUCCAGAUUAUCCAGACAUUCAGAAGAGCAUGACAGUAUUUAAAAAUCUCUCAGCCCAGUGUCAGGAAGUGAGGAAGAGGAAGGAGCUUGAGCUGCAGAUUCUGAUGGAGUCUAUUCGGGGCUGGGAAGGGGAAGGAAUUAAGACCCUGGGUUCUGUCCUCUACAUGUCUCAAGUCCUCAUCCAGAACCACGGCACUGAGGAGAAGAAUGAGCGAUACCUUUUGCUGUUUCCUCACAUACUUCUUAUGUUGUCUGCUAGUCCUCGAAUGAGUGGUUUCAUCUACCAGGGGAAGCUGCCUCUGACUGGAAUGACUGUAAAUAAAAUAGAGGACAGUGACACCACGAAAAUUGCUUUCGAAAUAUCUGGAAAUAUGAUUGAGCGGAUCCAGGUGAUCUGUAAUAACCAGCAAGAUCUUCAUGACUGGGUGGAUCAUUUACACCGGCAAACCAAACGCACUUCAACCAGCAACUUGAAACCACAGAAUGUUCCAUGCCAUACGCUGCCGUCUCACCCUCUCACCCCGUCCAGACACUCAGAGAAUCGAGGUGUGAGCGGAUCUCCCGUCUACCACACUCUUCCUCACCUCUCUUCACUUGGAACCCCUCACAGUGGUAUGAUGUGGGGGCCCCUCGAACCCCCCAAAACCCAGAAGCCCUGGAGUCUCAGCUGUCUCCGACCUGCACCACCCCUAAAACCCUCAGCUGCAUUGUGUUACAAAGAGGACUUGAGUAAAAGUCCCAAAAGUAUGAAGAAGCUUCUGCCCAAACGAAAACCUGAGAGGAAGCCAUCUGAUGAGGAAUUUGCUGUCAGAAAAAGCACUGUAGCUCUGGAGGAGGAUGCUCAGAUCCUGAAAGUGAUCGAAGCAUACUGCACAAGUGCUAAAACACGGCAAACACUAAACUCAAGAUCAAGGAAGGAGUCAGGGCCACAUAUGCUUUUUCCUGAAGAGGAGAAAAUCAUUGUGGAAGAGACCAAGAGCAAUGGUCAAACCGUAAUUGAAGAAAGGAGUCUGGUGGAUACAGUUUAUGCCUUAAGAGAUGAGGUUCAAGAACUUAAGCAGGACAACAAGAGAAUGAAGCGCACUCUUGAAGAAGAACAAAAGGCACGGAAAGAGCUGGAGAAGAUUGUCAGGAAAGUGUUAAAGAGUAUGAAUGACCCAUCCUGGGAUGAGACUAAUUUGUGAGCCUGUGAUGUGAGAUCUGUGCAUUUAUAAAUGAAAACUGCAUCUGAUAAUUGUGUGUUGAGUGUAGUAUCGGUCUUAACUCCUGACCAAAAAUACAUGUAAAUAUUGUGACAAAACUGGACUUGAUACCCGCAGUCACAGUAUUAUGCCUUUUAAACCUGAUCGUUUUCUAGCCUUUUUUGUUUGCUAGUGCCAAGUAUCUAGUUCAAGUUCAUCUAGUUCAUUUUCCGAUAUGCUAAUGAUAAAGAAAUGUAUUGAGCCUGGACAUCAUCAGAAACGUCUCUACAGGAUCAGGUGUGGUCUGGCAAAGCUGCCAAAAUAAAUAGCAGGAUGAUCAUUUAGCUCACCUUCACAGAUGUCAUUGGUUCCUAGUCUAAAACUGGGAGUCUCAGGGAUGAUAGACACACUGUAUCUACAAAUGUUGCCAGGCCUGCAUCACUGCCUGUGUCCUUUGACAUUUUCAGUCAUUAGCCAACAUGUUCAAUAAGUGAUGACAUUCAAUAGGAUUUUUCCAAUGGAAAACCUUGCAAUACAAUACUGGAGACAAUUCCGAGGGAACUAGUCUUAUUUUUUAUAGAUUUUUGGGGGGGUAUCAUUUCAAUGUUGCUUUUACAAUAACCUGUUUUAAUUUUGUCCUGUUGCUCUUUUGCACCUUGAAGCUUGCUUUUUUUUUUAACUUUUAUUAUGAUCCUCUACACUAAUUGUGUGCUCACCGACCUUUUUUGUUUUGUACAGUAAUAAUCCUUUAUUGUAUUUGAUGCUCAGAAAUGUGCCUUUUUGGAAAAAGAGAUUUCCAGGAUUUUGUCAGCAUUUCUAGCUCUGUCAGCAUUUCAAAGAACCUUUGUAUGAAAAAUGUAUGCAAGAGUGAUUUUAAAUUAACACAGAAUCUGGUUAGAAACCGACGGAUUAAUGUUGUCUGUCUAAUUUAUGUAUUUAAAUUAAAUAUUGUCUACUGCUAAAUGUGUAUUGUGAAAUUUCCAGAUAACCUCAUCUACUUUUUUUCUUCCCAAAGCACUGUCUUUAUCUUACUCUCUCUUUCUUGCUGAUUGAAUUAAAUAAAUACAUAUUCUUACUGU